AUAUAUGACAUCAUUUUAAGGUUGUUAUACUUCUUUCACUCUCUUUCCUCCAACUUUCCUCUAACUUUUCCAUCUUUCACAACUAUAUAUCUCCACAAACAUUCUCCUAAACAUUUUAAUUUCUUUCACCAAAACAGCAAUGGAAUCAACAUGCAUCGACACUUCACUCAAUCUUAACAACAUCAAUCUCCCUUCAACAUACAAGGACGAAGUUUUGGUUGAAGAGUUACAUCGUCUAAGUUGCGAGAACAAGAGACUAAGUGAAACAUUGACAAACAUGUGUGAGAGUUACGAAGCUAUGCAAAAGCAAUUGAGUCAAUUGAUGAUGAAUCAGAAUUUAGAAAACCAAACACAAGAAUCAAGGAAGAGAAAAAUCGAGAGUGAAAGUUGCAUGAACAUGUUUGGUGGUGUUAGAGAGUGCAGCAAUGUUAGUGAUGAAGAAUCAUUGAUGAAAAGACCUUGUAGGGAUAUUUCAUCACCUAAGGCUUAUAAGGUUCUUGUGAAGACAGAAGCAUCUAGUAAUAGCUUGUAUGUGAUGGAUGGAUAUCAAUGGAGGAAAUAUGGUCAAAAGGUUACUAGAGAUAAUCCUUCUCCUAGAGCUUACUUUAGAUGCUCCAAAGCUCCAAAUUGCCCGGUUAAAAAGAAGGUGCAAAAAAGUUUAGAAGACCCUACUAUACUAGUUGCAACAUAUGAAGGAGAGCACAAUCAUGGUCAUGAAAAAGCUGAAAUAUCAAUGAUAUCAAGCCAAUGUGAAGAAGCGCGUUUAGGUUCAGUUCAUGUUUCUUCACCUAAACAAAUUAUGGAAAGGACUUCUCCAAGCAUGAACCUUAACUUGGUUGACAAUGUUCAAAAAUCAUCUAUCCAACAAUUUUUGGUUCAACAAAUGGCUACUUCUUUGACAAAUGAUCCCAAUUUCACUACAGCACUUGCUAAUGCUAUUUCAGGAAGAAUAUUAGACAACGCUAAUAAAGCUAGAUUUUGAGCUUAAUGGAUUCCAUUGAGCUUAAGUUUUGUUAUUUUGUUUGAUUUUUGUGAGAGGAUGUAAUGUGUCAAAAACUCACAAUUUAGGAUGUACAUGAAAAAAUUGAAAAAAAAAAGUUGGAAUUUUAUUUCUCUAA